AACUGAAACUUUUAGUUUAUUUUCCAUUUAUGAUUUUUAACUACAAAAGUUAACGUUGUGUGGCGCUACAGUCUUGUUAAAUGGCAAUACUGUAUCUUGUUUAGUUUUACCAUGAAGCGUUUGCCAGAUGUUGUCAAAACUUUCUUUGUGAAUUAAAAGGGAAACACAUUCACCAUUCACCAAGCAAUGAAGCACAUCAAGAUAUCAUUCCUUUUACUAGUAACUGGUUUUUCAGUUGGAGAAGCUCAAGAAGCUCCGGUUUUAAAUCCACUACAGAUCCCACCAAAUUUGUCAAUUGGUGACAACACAGAAUUAUUAUGUACGCUAAAGAGAGGUAGUUCUCCUCUUAUUUUCAGCUGGUUGUACAAUGGGAUAAACAUUACGUCCAGGAAGAAAUAUAAAGUUACCACUACAGAAACAAGCUCCCUUCUUUCUAUAGGAAAAAUACAAGCUUCUGAUAUCGGCAAUUAUACUUGUGUUGCAAGCAAUAGAUUAGGUGAAGACAGUGGAACAGUCCGCGUAGUAAUAGAAGGUGAGCUGAAAUAAAAAAAAAAAAAAAAAAAAAAAAAAAAAAAAAAAAUUCAAAUAUCAAAUAUUUAAUCAUUCUGUAUAUCAGUUUUUGACUGUUAUUAAAUAGAAAUGAAAGGGUAUAAACCUUGCAAUUGUUUCAUUUUGUACAUAAGGUGUAUAUUAAAAAUUUAUAUUCAAAUUAACGGAUUUUUGCAUCAGUUUUAAUAACUUGCUACUUCUAUCGAAUUGAGAAAGUAAGCUAUUGAUAUAUCAGUCGCUUGCAUCAAAUAUCGAAAACUUCAUCUUUGACUGUUGCUG